ACAGAUGCGACAACUGAAGUGUUUUUUGACAGUUGUUCGUUGAGAAACAAACACAUCACAAAACUGUUGACCCAAAAUAAAACACCAAUAUCACUUUUUCCAGAUAGUCCAGUCGCCCGAGAGAAGAGGUUGAAGAAGUUGAAACUGUUUAUUAAUCAUUUAUGAAGUGUAGAUAGACUGAGAGACUACCAGAGGCACAAGAUACAGCACUUCUCCCUCGCAGGAAUACAGGUGCUCGGACCCCCCUCCUGCCCAUUCUGCAUGGUCAUGACCAGUCACGACGCACCCUCCACAGCCCGACUCGUCCUAUUGGUCCUGCUCACUGUCACUCCACGGCUCACCGCCACCCCUGUGGGUGGGGAUGGGCAGGGGGAGGGGCACUCUAGGACUCACCAUAAAGAGGACAGCCUCAACUCCMUCCAUAGCCCUCUAGAAAUCAGCCCUAGCCCGCUCCGCUACCCCUUGGACCAGACCCAGGACCGGAUAGAGGACAAGGUACAGAGCCAGGAACAGAGCUAUGGUGUCCCCACAAACAUGGACCCUGCCCGGGCUCUAGCCGCUAUGCUACUGGAGGCCCUGGACCACACUAGGAGAGGACAGACACAGGAGAGAGGAGAGGGGGACCCAGUCCCUUUGGAGGAGAGAAGGGAUGAGGAGACAAGGAGAGAGGUUGGGAGAGAGGAGGAGGAGGAGGAAAGGAGGGUGGGGGAGAGAAAGAUGGAACAGCUAGGACCAGCACUAGUGGCAGUAGCUCUGGGAGAGGAGUUAAGAGAGAUCGAGGAAGAGGAGGAGAGGGAGGAGAGGAAGAGGUCGGAGGACAGAGGCUGGCUUCUAGAGAUAGAGGGGGACAGAGCUGGUGGUGGGAGUGAGGAGGGAGGACAGCAGAAGGAAGAGGAGGAGGAGGAAGGUGAAGCAGGGAGAUGGGGAGGUGAGAAGGAGAAAAGAGCAGAGGGGAGUAGGACAGGAGAGGAGGGGAGGCCUAGUGACCCGUCUCUCCAGGAGAAAAGAGCAGAGGGGAGUAGGAUAGGAGAGGAGGGGAGGCCGAUUGACCUCCAGCGGAAGGCUCGGGGCUACUUCCAGAACAUAGACCUCGGUCUCCAAGACAACGAGAUUCUUCCCCCUCUGAAGGGGUAUAAGGCCUACAACACCCAGCUGGCACAAGCUGGGAAAAAGCUGCACUGGGAAGAGGAGCGGGCACGCAACACACCCCUGGUGGGCAACUUCAUGGACGACUUUGAGAAUGAAGCAGAGGAGGAGGAGGCGGCUCUGUCGAUGGUGGAGGAGGAGGAGGCUCGGGCGCGCGCAGAGCAGCAGGAGGUGCAACGGCAGCAGGAGGAGGCAGAGAGGGCUAGAGAGGAGGAGCAGAGGCUGGCGGACAUCGCCUCGGACAUGUUGCUGCAGUACAUGGGGAGACAGAAACAGCAGGGGGCGCCCUACCUCACGGCCAGACAGAAACAAAAGGGGGCGCCCUACCUCACGGCCAGACAAAAGGCCGGCGCCAACGCUGCUGAAGACAAGCGCUCCGAGGAGGUGGUAACCGACGGCGACGACCUGGAUCAGCAGAUGAUUGACAGGCUGAUCGAGAUCAGCAGCAAGCUGCACCUGCCGGCCGACGACGUGGUCCAGAUCAUCUCCAACGUAGAGGAGAAGAAGAAGAGGAAGGAGCUGACGUCGCUUAGCAACCCGGUCGCCCCGCGUUACCGGCCCCUAGUUCCCCCUCCCCUAGUGACGGGCCCCAUGUACCACUACACAGCCUCCUCCAACCCCAAGAAGGACCCUUACUACCAGCCCUACAAGAACAAGUGGAACAAGGACAGAGCCAAGGCUAAGGCCUACAAGCAGGACGUCUGGUUCAAACCCCAGAAACAGAAGGACGUCUGGUUCAAACCGCAGAAACAGUUCCUAGCCUUCCCGUCCUACCCCUACUACCAGAAACCCUACCGAGCCUACUACCCUGUGUUCUUCCCCUACCCCAAACCCCAGUACUACGACAAUACUCCCAUGGGGGAGGAGCUACCCCACAGCCCGCCCUCGGACUAUGAGCUUCGGCCUACCAGGCGCAGACACAGGGCCGGGGGCAGGGCCAGAGGUGGAAGUAGGCAUGGCUGGAGACAGCAACCCCUCCCACCCCGUCUUCCCUCCUCUCCCUACAUCUCCAAUUACAUCCUGCCACACCCCCGGACAUAUCAGCCCCWGCCUAAACCCCUCUCCCCCCAGAACAGGGCCAGGCCCCCCCCGUACUACUACCCCUCAGGGCCUGGGGGCUUGGGUGUAGCUGGGGGGAGGGCGGGAGGGGACUAUGAAGACGAUGAUGGGCUGGUUCCUCAGCUGGACAGUCAAGAGGAAUUGGAGAACUUUAUAUCCAAAAUAUACAUGAAACGCAGAAUGUACUAGAGACAGAAGGACAGACAGACACUACUGCAGGACAAAAGGACCAAACAGGGGAGGGAAUAGAGGGAGUAAAUAGGAUUGGAUGAGAGAGAAGGAUAAGAUUGGAUGAGAGAGAAGAAAGAAAGAGAGGGUGGU